UAUUGUGUCGAGAUCUGGCUUUAAAUAAUGCCAACACAUCAGGGUUUAGCAUAGAUUUAGUGGCUUAAAAUAAACCCAAAAUGUUUACUGUUGAGAUGAGAUGAAAAUUGUUCGGUGAUCAGACCUACAACAAUUUGAAGGAACUAUUAAAGGCAACCUAAACGGGAAUAAUAAUUCAUUAUUUAAUUAAACUCCUUGGGCACUCAACGCACCUGCAUGGUCACGUGACAAAGAAACCCGACUGCACGUUCGUGUUUGAGAGGAAGGAAAGCGUUUUGAUCAAGACAUUGAAGAUGGACAGUGGGGGAAACCCCAGCGCGGCAAUUUGCAGGUCGUGUGGAGAGGCGUUCAUUUUGCCUGAGGAUGACGUUGAAGGCAAUCUCCCUCGUGUGCUUUUAUGUGGCCAUAUCUUCUGCACAUCCUGUCUGCUGUCCAUUCAGUAUGACAGUGCGAUUAAAUGUCCAGAGUGUGAGGUUGAGUCAGCCCUUCCUGAAGGUGGGGUGUAUGGACUGCAGGAAGAUAGCAGAAUCAUUGGCCUCAUCUACACUGCUAAAAUGAACAGGAUGAAAAGUCUCCGAUGUGACAGGUCAAAGAAUCGCAGAAGGAACAAAUCACCGUCCACAGACAUUACAGCCAAAAAUGAGGAUAUGGAGCAGCCAGUUGAUAUUGAGAAGAUUGAAAGGGCGGUGGAUGAGGCGUUGGUCCAUGCUGCAAAAAAUCUUACCCUUCUGGAACACAUACAUGAGACUUUGACGACUGGUCUGGCAGAACAGGUGAAGAGAGAGCAAGCUCGACUGGAGCUAGAGAUCAAGCAAGCUGUAGAGAAGGCUGCAUAUGCUAUUCAAAAGUGGAAGGAUGUGCAGUUAAGUCAGCUGACAAAACUGGAGGCACGAUUCUCCUCCAGCCAAGCGGAGGUGAGCUCUAUCCAGGAGAGGAUUAAGGCCCUUGAAAUUGCCAUGCAGAUGGCCAGAGAAGUUCGCCGUGUCCCCUUCCUGGAGCAGUACUGCACCCUGGAUAAGGUUCUAGAGACAUUGCAGGCUCCUGUGGAUAACCAGUCCUUCGAUAUGAAAUGCAUUACUAUGGGCUCUGGAAUGAGCUGUGUUUACCAGUCAGAAGGUCUGAACCAGAGUCUGUCAUUGUCUCUGAAGAUGGAAGUCGGUGUCCCAAAGCAAUUGUCAGAAUCUCCACCCAAAGGCCACCAGCUGGGCAACUCAAACAUAAAGUCUUCCUGGGAAGAUGUAGAGGGAAGCAACAGCAACGAGCUCCCGACGCCACAAAAACAGGGCCGGGAAAUCCCAGGAGCUAACAGGUCAUCGUUGCAAGGCUCCUCUCCAAGCCCAAGACCUCGUCGCAACCUUUCUCGCCACAGCUCGGCCUCAGACCUCGGAACUCAAGAUGUAAUUAUUGAGGAACUAUUUGAUGAGGGACAGAAGCACCCUCCCCCACCCACGGGCCCUGAGCUGGCUAACGACAAGUCGAGAAUCCACACGAAAAGGAAAAAUAUCUUGUCUGCUGAUAAGAGAAAUGUCCCCCAGUGGGUGGUGGUAACCCACAUUGUGAAUCCAAGUCACUUCUACAUCCGCUAUGUGGCCGAGAAGAGGGCAAGCGAGAUGUUGUCUAAGAAGAUCAACUCCUUCUGCUCCAGAGAUAGCUGUCGUUUUACUUCCAGUGACACAAUGGAGACCGGCUCCAUGAUCUUUGUUACGUGGAAAGACGGUCUUUGGUGCCGGGCCCGUGUGGUUCAAGUCUUGCAGAAAGGAUAUGUGGAGGCUGUGCAAACCUGCCUAGUCACCCAGCUGGCCAAUUUACGUGUCUUCUUGCUUGACUAUGGCUUCACCAAAAGCCUCACCAUAGAGAGUGAGGAAGGGACUACUGAGUCUUUACUGAAGGCUGUGAACAACCACCUGAGGAAGGUGGGUGAGGCAGUGAAAGUGGAACUGGGUCGUUUUGUUCCACAGGCCAUCAGAUGUUCACUCAAGGACCUGGUCCCGUAUGACCUGACAAAGGGCUGGAGCAAAGAGGCACAGGUUGAGUUCCACAAUGUGGUUGGUUCUGCAGCAGUGGAGAUGCGGCCUUUGGGUCACGACAGAGACCUUUUAUUGGUGGACCUGAGAAAAGCUCCCAUGGACCAAUCAAGUGAUGUGCCCAUCUCUGUCAGAGAGUACCUUGUUUUCAUUGAAGUGGCCAGGUUUUAUUCUCCUGUGACGUUGGGAACGAAGACCCUGCUGUUUUACCCUCCUGUCUAUCCCAAGAUCAACACAGAAGUCAAUGCCGUGGUGUCCCACAUCAACAACCCUGCUGACUUCUACAUCCAGCUGGUUGAUAACAUGGAGUACUUGCUGCUCUCAGCCAAGCUUCAGGAUUGUUACAAUGAGAGUACAGUGGCUGCAGAAGAUGACCUCUGUAUCUACUGCCCUGUAAUCGGACAGGCCUGUGUUGCCCGCUACGAUGACAAGUAUUGGUACAGAGCUCAGAUUAUAGGUCAUCCAGGGGGCAGAAAAGUGGAAGUGCGUUAUGUAGACUUUGGCAAUAAAAACAUCUUGUCAGUCAGCGACUUGAGGAAGAUCAAGGAUGAGUUCUUUGCCCUUCCUUCCAAGGCAAUCCACUGCUGUUUGUCAGAUGUGAUUCCACUGGAUGGAGAGACCUGGAGUGAUGCCUGCACCAACAGAUUCAUCAGUCUAGCUCACCAGAAACUGGUCACUAUUGUGGCAAAAGGACCAGUCCACAAGACGGAGCCUCUGCCAGUGAGGCUGUUUGAGAGCAGCCUGAUUGGGCCACUAUCCAACAUAGCUGAGCUGCUGGUCAGAGAGGAGCUGGCCUGCUUCAAAGAGGAACUUAAGUCCAACGAUGACAGUCCCCCUUGUGAUGACUCUGCCACAUGGGACCCUCCACUUGAGCAUGAUUCGGGCAAGGAUGAAAAAACCUCCGGAGAGCAGACUGAGGAGCCCCUGGAAUUUCAGCCUCAGCUGAAGCUUCCUGCUCAACUCAAAGACUUGAAAGUCAGAGUCAGCCAUGUGAACUCACCGAGCAGCUUUUAUGUCCAUCUCACCCAGUAUGACUCUCAGAUCAAAAGGGUAUGUGAGCUGGUGAAGCAGGAGUGUGCAACUAUGGAGCUCGCAGAUGUGAUGUGGAAGGCAGACAUGUACUGUGCUGCUCACAUUAAUGGGGUUUGGGAAAGAGGACGGAUCUGCUCCGACGUCACAUCCAGCAACAUAGCAGAGGUGAUGCGCUGUGACCAUGGCAAUACGGUGAAGCUCCACAUCAACAACCUGCGGCCACUGCCGCCCUCCUUGAAGGGCACUCUGGCACUGGAGUGCACUCUCACUGACAUCAGGCCAGCAGGGGGCCGAUCCACCUGGACGGCUACAGCCUGCGACCUAUUCUCCUUCUACCUGACCGGAGCCUCGGCUGUUAUGACCAUCAAGGAGUUGACAGAUGAGCGUCCUGUACCCGUUACUUUGUUAUGUUCCAACAAGAUAGGACAGUUAAUCAGCAUUGCAGACUUUUUGGCCAGUGAGGGCCUCGCUCUCAGAGAAAGAAAACCAAGAGAUGCUGUCGUUCAAAAACCCAAAGAAGCUGAUGCACAGUCUCCAGUGAGCGGGACACAAACUGAUGUCUCUGAUUGCCAGAAGAAAGACAGUCACCCAGCUUCUUCACCCAUUUCUCCCCCUCCCCCCAUCUCCGUCGUCUCCACUCCCACCAUUCCAAAACCAGCCCCCCGCACCAUUAUGUCUGCUGAGAAGGUGAAGACUAAGUUGUACAACCCCCCAGAGCUGCCAUUCCUCGGUCACAUCAAGAUAAGUGUGUCUGCUAUCGGAGAGGACGGACUCAUUUAUGCCAGAACACAGAAUGCAGAUUAUCAGCUGGAGCAGCUUAAGAAGAGGAUUCAACAGAGCAUGAAGACAUUGCCCAAACAGAAGCCCUACACCUGGAAGUCAGUCCUCGGCUGUGCAGUUAUUGGACCUGACAUGUUGUGGUAUCGAGGACAGCUGCUUGAGGUGCUGGGAGGACAUGUCAAGGUACAAUAUGUGGAUUACGGCUUGGUGGAAAACAUCCCAGUGGUCCAUGUGUACCCCAUGCUAUUGUGUGAUGAUGUUCCUCAGCUGUGUAUGCCCUGCCAGCUGCACGGUAUCAUCCCUGUUGGUGGAAAGUGGCAGCGAGAUGCGGUGGCCUUGCUGAGGGAGAUGUUGGUGAACCGCUGUGUGGACAUGCAAGUCACGGAGCUGCCGACUGACCCAAGGGGCCCCAUCACAGUUGACCUCUUCCUGGACGGGCUGAGCCUCAGCAGGAUCCUGUGUCACCACGAACAUGCCUCCAUGGACCGGACUGUCUUAGAACAGAAGGGACACUCAGCGAUGCCUCCUGCCCUCCGCCUGGAUGAGUGGGACCUCGACACUGAGGGUCUGAGGGGCCCAGAGGAGCCGAUGCUGGGGCCCUAUAUAUUCCCAAACCUACCACAGGAGGGAGAGCACUUUAAAGUCAGAGUCAAGCACUUGUGGACCCCCAACGAGCUGUUCCUGUGGCCAUUGGAGGUAAUAGCUGAUGUGAAGGUGGAUGGAGAGACCCUGGAUGAGGCUCUGACCAGAAUCAAUGCAAACAUCAGCAGUCUGCCACAACUCACCAGCUUCUCUCAGGAUUAUCCAUGUCUGGCAGAAUACAGUGAUGGAAAGUACUACCGGGCCCAGCUUAUGAAGUUCAGCAGCGUGGAGCCAGUCAUGAUCAUGGUCAAACACGUCGACUUUGGCUCUGAUGACACUCUGCCCACCAGCAAGCUGCGUCAUAUGCCGGCCGAGCUGCUGCGGUUUCCAGCUCGGGCGCUCAAGGUCAAAGUCGCCGGCUUUAAGGCUCCAAGUGCCAAAAGGAACGAAGACAUGCUGCCCUACAGCCCCGGGUGGAGUGUCAAGGCUGCAAUGCACAUGAUUGACCUGUUACACAGCAGCAUCACAGCCACUGUUGUGGCCCGGGAACCGGAGCUCAAGGUGCUGCUGUUCAAUGAGGACGGAGAGUUGGUCCAUCUGCCUCUGGUGAGCAGCGGACUGGCUGAGCUUGAGUGACUCCUCAACCCACAGGGUUUCCCCACGGAUAUCCUGUUGUGUUAACAUCUAAAUUUUAUUCUGUUUGGGCUAUUUGACUGCUGUUCUUAGUUUUUACAUGUUAAGAAGACAUUCUUUAUUAUUCCCACUAGGGGAAAGUACGUAUUUUAUUUUUUGCAGAAAAUGUGCAGUUGUGUACAUUCAAGGUAACCCAAAAGAGAAGUGAUUUACUUUAAGUUUGGCUGUUGUGUUUGAGGGAGCUGCAUUGAUAUAGCACUUUAUUUUCUAGCCAUUCGACUCAUGGGAGACAAUCUUGUCUGUGUGACAAAUUAAAAUCUUCCAAAGCUGUCAAA